GGCCAUAUUGACAAAUUUUAGUGAUUCGGAAAUUAUCGUCUGCAAUGGAGUCAUAUUUUUGCUUAUCAAAAUUUGAUCAUAUUUUUGUUGAGAAUUCGCCAAAAUUAUGUCAUUUGUCUAUCGUUUCUCAAUCCGGUCGCGGUCAUUGCAGAAAAUCCUCGGUCGUUUGACAAUAUUCGCCUGAGAAUAAUAUUGUUGUUAUAUUCACUGUCGACCCUGGAGACAUCUUGUGAUAAAAAACCAUUAUUGCGGCAAGUUACUUGGCUGUCUGAUUUUGUCUUCACGUGAAACGAGUUACAAAAUUAGAUUGGUGCUAUAUAGGGUCCGCAAUCAUGGAUGUGUCGUGGGACGCGGAUAAUUUUGAGCCUAAACUACCGACCACGUUGACGAAUUCGAAUAAGUGGGAAGGCGAGGAUGAGGAAGAGAUCGUGAAGGAAAGUUGGGAAGACGAAGAGGAAGAAAAAAAAGAUGAGGAAAAAGUUGAAGCUCCCGCGCCCCCGGCGAAGCCUAAAAAGAGAAUUCAAGACAAAAUAGCUGAAAAAGAGCGUCUGGAACGCGAGAAGGCCGAACGGGCGUCAGUGGAGAAGGUAGAGGAGCUGACCCCCGAACAGAAGGCGGCCGAGAAGCUGCGCCAGCAGAAGCUUCAGGAGGAGUCCGACCUCAGGCUUGCCAUGGAGACCUUCGGUGUAACUGAAGGCGGUGGUGGCAAGCUAGACAGUUUCGAACCCACCACAAAGGCUGAAUUCACAGAGUUUGCUGAACUGCUCACCAAGAAGAUAUGCUUAUACAAGGCCAGGGAAGAAUUCCCUACCUUCAUUGAUGAGUUCAUCAGGAAUAUUGUUGUUCAAUUGCCAUCAGGUGACAUAAAAAGGAUAAAGUUGUCUGUGGACAAUUUGUACAUUGAGAAGCAGAAAUCUGAGAAAAUGGACAAGUCUAAGAAGCCAAACAAGGGCAAGGGGAAGGCUAAAUUAAAAGUUGAAGGCGAUAACGCUCAUCUCAAUCAGUACGACACAUACGGCAAUUACGAUGAUGACUACGACGAUUUCAUGUAAACAUCACACUGCUCCCUAAGUAAGUCGGUACCUGGUGGCAGUUACACAAACCAUAUUGUGUCUUAUGCCCCUCUCAUAAGGGCUGUUGUUGUUUGUACACUAAUGUAGGCACCACGCCAAGACCUUUAUCGAAUAAAUUUAAUGUUACUUCUUGAA